AUGCAGAAGCAUGUCUAUCCUGUCUCCAAGGCAUUUUCGCCCUCGCUUCCGCCCUGCCUCGACACUGGUGGGAGAGACGGGCGGACGGGGGGCAUGAUGCUCCCAGCCACUGAUAGCCGCAGGCUGGCGGCUCAAGGCCUCCCCCACGGGCGGCAGACAAUAAGCCUGCACGCGCAGAGCGAGCGGAAUGGCCAGCCCGUCUGGACAGUGCGGCCGCCCGCACCCCACAUCCUGCGAGGACAAGACGUUGAAGUGGGGAGUGGAAGAAAGGGGAAGAGCGGGCGGCCUGUCGGAGAUGAGGAUGAGGAGGAGGAGGCACUGCAGGAUGCCGGGUGGUGCAGCGCCAUGGACCCUCCUCCCAUUCCACUUUGCUCGCCGGUCACGGGUCCGGUGUGACUUGCCUUAUUGACAAUUCCAAGGCCGCCGUACCUUCCUUCUUUGCGUCUUUGCAAUGUCUUUCUCAUGACUGGGGAGCCAAUUUGUAAUUCAGUAGUGGGAGGCACUCACUCACUUGAUGAUGCCACCAUGUAGAGGUACGUGGGUAGCAGGCAUCAUGUCUGCUCUCCGACUCUCCCGGUGCCCAGGAGAUGUUGCCUUGCAGGCGACCACUCGCUUGCAGCAACCAUCAUUGAGACCGCCUCGCUCACCCUGACGGUUCUGAGGCUUGGCGGGAGGGUGAGAGGCCGUUUUUGGGAGGUGUGCAUGUGUGUGUGUGUGUGUGUGUAUAUACAUAUAUAUAUGUGUGUGUGCGCGUGUGUGUUGUGUGGUGUGUGGUGUUUGUGCGUCGGGUUAUCGAGUCUCAUCUGGUAGGCCGGUGUGUCGUCGGCCGGUCCCUCCGGCCAUGUCCUGACAAAAGCCACGACAGGUCGCUGACUAGUCAUGUAUGACGCCUGCCUCUGUCCGCCUUGCGUUGGCAUCCGGGCAUGAUAUACCGACCUACCCUCCUAUGCCGGGCUGACCACGUGCAUGAAAGAAGAAGAAAAGAAAAAAAAGGCAAACCGGGAGACGGGAAGAGGAAAAAAAAAAAAGGAGAGAAGCAUGGGGGAGGAAGGACGACAGCGAGGGCUCGGACAGGGGAGCGAAAGGUGUUCGUGAGGCUGCAGGGAUGUCCCCCCCUCCACCACACAGUACAGGACGCCAGCUGUCUUGUGUGAUGGCUCUCGCAGCGAGAUGAUGCUGUCGUCGCAGGGGACUCGGUGACGGCACCGGCGUGGCGGGCGCAUCGACCCGUGACAGCGGUCGUCACAGUCGACAGGCUGUCAAUGCUACACCGCACGUCAACAUUGGGCGUCGCUGGACCGCGGCGCCGUCAUGUUGGGCCGCCAUAGACAGCCAGCGAGCCGGGGAACCGUGGCCAUGGGUAUUUGGGAUGGGAUGGGAUGGGAUUAUUUGCCGAACCGACCGCGGAGACUUGAGGUGAUGUCAGUCAAGCUUCCUGGGCAGGCGGAUGCUAGGGGUCAAUUGAGGACUUGUCAUGCCCUCCCGAUCCAUGGGUGAAAGAGGUGUUCUUCCUGAAUUGAGAAGAGCUGGUUGGCCGAGGGGGUGAUGUUGGGUCCAAAGUCAGGAGGAUUGAGGUGGUGACAAUAGGCAGCCCAGCCCAAGGAAUUGAGAGCCCAAACGUUUGAAUUCGAG